AUGGUUCAGAAAAAAGUUACCAUUAUUGGAUCUGGAAAUUGGGGAUCGGCAAUUGCACGAAUUGUUGGCCAAACCACUCAACAAAACCCUGAUGUCUUCGACAAGACUGUUCGCAUGUGGGUGUUCGAAGAGAUUGUCAAUGGAGAAAAACUUAGCGAGGUCAUCAAUACACGCCAUGAAAAUGUUAAGUACUUACCUGGAAAAAAGUUGCCAGAAAAUGUUGUUGCUGUACCGGAUCUACUUGACUCGGCUAGAAAUGCAGAUGUCCUUAUUUUCGUCAUUCCCCAUCAGUUUGUGGAACGGACAUGUGCUCAACUCAAAGGACAUUUGAAGCAAGGUGCUGAAGUUGUGUCACUCAUUAAAGUAAGUAUAUUCUAAUAAUAAACAGGACAUUUUAAAAUAAUUGAAUCAACCUUUUACUAAUUGUUUGUAAAAGUCUGAACGUUGUAUUUAACAAAGAUAAUUUUUAGGGUGUGUCGGUAGGCCACGGUGGUGGCAUUCACUUGAUCUCAGAAAUCAUCCGUGCUACCUUGGAUGUCGAAGUCUCCGUUCUUAUGGGUGCAAACUUGGCUCCUGAGGUUGCUAACGAAAACUUCUGCGAAGCUACUAUUGGAACUAAAGAUUUAGAGGCUGGACUUGCGCUAAAGACUCUUUUCCACACUAACUACUUCAGAAUCAACGUUGUUAAAGACGCUCACACUGUUGAGUUGUGUGGUGCGUUAAAGGUAUGGAAAAAGAAUAUUUUAAAGCAAAUUAUACAUGUUUUUACCUAUAUGUUUUUAUGUACUAAGAAAUUAAAUAUAUUUUUUUUGUUGUGGAAAAUAUUCCCUAAUAUGUAUUCAAAAACAUUUGAGUAACACGAAAUUUAGAACAUCGUAGCAUGUGCUGCCGGCUUCUCAGAUGGCUUAGGCUACGGAGAUAAUACUAAAGCCGCAAUUAUUCGACUAGGACUUAUGGAGACUAUCAGAGUAAGUUUGAGAAAUGAAACUAUUAAAAUCAUGAUAAUUCCAUUAUUUAAUGUUAAAAUAAUUGCUUGUUUCAUUUAGUUUGUCGAAGAAUUCUAUCCGGGAUCUUCAUUUACAACAUUCUUUGAAAGUUGUGGUAUUGCCGACUUAGUAACUACUUGCUAUGGUGGACGCAACCGCAAGAUUUGUGAAGCUUUUGCCAGAACUGGAAAGAGUAUCGAAGAGUUAGAGAAGGAACUUUUGAACGGUCAAAGUGCUCAAGGGCCACCAACUGCCGCUGAAUUGUGCGCUUCGUUAAAGAGCAGGGGAGUGGAACAUAAGUUCCCAUUGUUUGUUGCUGUGCACAAGAUCUGCACCAAUCAAUUGCCAGCCAACAAACUGAUUGAUCAAAUCCGCGACCAUCCAGAACACCACCAAAAACCUCACGUAUUUUAA